CAAAGCUGUUGCCGAUCAAAUCUUUCGGAAAUUUUCAAGAAAAUCUUAACUUUUAUCAGGAGGUUAAACUAUUCCUGGAUGACCUAUAUCUCGAUUGACUUAACUCUACUGAUACUGAAUCUGAAAGCAUGCGAUUUAGCCAAGAAGAUGAGGAGGAAGAGAAUGAUGAAUUCUACUCCUUAGAAGAGCCAAGUAAAUAAACUUGAAUUAGCCAAGGAAGAAACCUCUAAGUUUGGAGGAGAGGAGAUUCCUCAAGAGAAAAAGAAAUGAAAAAUUAUGUUUCAGAACACUAUUACACCAAACAGAAUCAUGAAUGGAUAUAAGUUUAAAAUGUUGAAGUCCAUAAAAACCCAAAAGAUGUCUGAUUUCGUCUCUAACGAGUUCCAUAAUUCUGAAUCAAAUAGCCGCCAGUUCUGAAACUCAGAGAAAGUGUUUCUACCAAUCAGGGAGCAAGAAGAGUGAACAUCUUCUGAUAAAAAGAAGAAAUCAAAUAAGUUCUUGAACGGAGGAGACGACCAUCAAAGGGGAGGUGGUGAUGAAAAGGAAUCUAAUUAUUCAUUUAAUCCUAAAUUUAGCCAAGAUAACAUUACCGCUCUUGUACCAUAUAAAAAUAAGGUAAUCGAGCAUCUUGAGAAAAUGCUACCUGACACACCAGAAUUCGAGCUGUCUAAAGAACUCACUUAUAAAAUCCAAUGUAAACAAGUUGGAAAGAUAUUAUAAAAGAAGAAUAUGAUUUUGAUAAUCCUAAGCCAUUCAAUAUUCAAGAUCUUUCAAAACCUAAGCCUCAUAGUAGUUACUUCGUAACUCGAACGAGCAUGAAGCAAAAUGAGACAAAUCUUGGAAUCACUGAGCCCUUUGAGUUAGGCCAUAAUGUUGAGAAUUAUUUACUAUAUAAGAAACUUAAUAAGGGGAAGAAAGUCAGCACAAUGUCGCUGAAUCCAGUCCAAGAAAAAUCUUUAAACAGACUUUCACCAGCGCAUUCCGAAUGUAAGGAGAGGAAUACCAUAGAUAGGAAUCUAAUGGAGAUCAAUAGUCAGCCGGUCUAUGACCGGCUGUACCAAGAAUCUACAUAUAGUAGCUCUGCUACUCAUCUUCCUUCUUCCCUUCGGCCAAACCUGAUGUCUCUGAGACUAAAUAACAAGAAUGCUUUUCCUCUUAAGACUAAACAAAGGAAGCAAAAUAGUGAAGCAGAAGAAGAGUAUCGUAAAGAUGCUGCAGAAUUCGUUAAUAAAAUCAACAAAGAAAAGGAGAAACGCGAACAAAGAAAAAAUAAGAUUAUCCGCCUUCGUGAUAAAAAGCAUUUUGAAAAGCUCAAAGGGGUACUUCACCAGAGGGAGCAAAGAGAGCAGGAACAGCAAAAGCUCCAAAUUCAGAAGCGACAGAAGAUCAUUGAGAGGAUCACUAAGAUCAAGGAGGACAGGAAGCGUGCAAAAUCCCGAAUGAAGGAAUGAAGCCACAAACCUCUCAAAAUUCCGUUAUACUUACAGAAAGAAAAAGAAUUUAAGAAGGAGCAGCAGGAACAAGAACGAAAACGUAGGGAAUAUCAGUUAAAUAACCGCAGAGAUAUCUAUCAGAGAGUGUCUCUCUCGGAGAUUAGAAGACAUGCCCGAGAGCAUGAUGAUACAAUUGAGAAUAAUCUUACAAUUCUGAAGAAUAGAAGGGUUCAUAAAACAGGAUCUUGCCAAUCGGUUGGAAAAAUGGAUAGUACGCCUAUGUUAUUCAACUCGAAGUUUCUACAAAAUGCAAUAGAGGAAGAAAAGGAGAAAUAAGGUUCAACUAAAAGUAAAGGAACAGCAAGCCAGAGAUAAGCUAGACAAGGCUACUCGAUUCUCUUAAAAUUAGUGCAGGAUAUCUACUGGGAAAAGGAUAAAUAAACAAGCUGAGAAGAAGCUCAAAAAAGAACAAGCCUCGAAGAAGAAACUAAAGCUGACUCCAAAGAGAGAUGAGAGAGUCAAACAUGAGAAUUAUCUUUACUGAAUGUCCAAAAAUAAGUCAGGUAAUAAAAUUAAGUUGAAGUCUAAGUUCAAAACUCGGAAGAUAAAAGGAAAUUUGAAUUCUUUAAGUCAGUCUACCUCCACUUCGAAGCCUCCUCUGCAUAACUAUCUGAAGGAGAGUAGAAUGAAGAGACAGGAGAUAGCUCGGAGAGGCCUUGAAAAAGAGCAAGAUGAGUCUCAUCCUUAUUAUGCUGGACUAACCCCUAAAAAUGAGUCAAGGGCUCAAAACUGGAAAUCUUAUUUGGACAGCAAGAAAUUAUCUUCUAAAGAGAAACUCAAUAUAAUUCAAGAGAAAGCUAAAAAAAUGGAAGAGAGGGCACUUAAACAAGAGAAACUGAUCAGCUUUGUAGGAGGUCCAGCAGACCAGUUUCAGUAUGAAUAUAAAAACAACGAAGUCAAUG